AUGGGAGAUGCGCGACCACCAGCGUCUCUGCACUCCAAUUUCUUCUCCUCCCUAAAGCAGGUUGAGAAGAGGCUGAAAUUAGAGAACCCAUCUCAAAAAUCCACUAUCUCACCGUCACCACUGCCAGAAAGCAGCAAAUUAUUAACAGAAGAUUCACUAAGUUCACCCUUGUUCCUCCACUUGGACCAACCCAGCAACAAUCACAGCUCAAGCACACUGCAAGACAGCAGUGAAGCCCCUCAAGCAUUCCUCUCAUGCUCCCCUCUUUUCCUACCAACCCAAGAAAACCCACCUCAACCCAAUGCCCUGCAGCACUCCAAGACCAUCAAUGACACUGAAGCCAGCUCAGUCAAUGAUAUUGAACAGUUAAUUCAACUCUUGGGUUUAUCUCAUUGUCAAGAAGGAGAGGAAGAAAGGGCUGGUUUGGAAUUGAAGGGUGGUGAUGGUAGUGGUUUUGGUGGUAAUUCUUGUCAUUGUGAAGGUGGGUUUUAUGAAAAGAUUGUUGGGGUGAAGGGGCCAAAGUGUGGGAAAGAAGUGGAGAGGUUGGAAGGUUGGAUUAACUACUUUUUGAAUGGUGGUGGGGAGGGGAGCAUUGAGCCUUUCAGGUUGGCACAUUUGCUAUUGGGUAAAGCUGCUUUUGUUUCUGAAGGUGCUGAUCAUGGUUUUGGAGGCUUGGAAUUCCCUUCAACUAUUGGGGAUUUUUUGCUCAAUGAUCCACCCCCAACAGAUUGA